GGCUGAGAAUUCACACCAUCAAAGGUGUAUUGUCUCCUUCAAUCUCAUAAACUCAUGACAAAAUUAUUCUUGUAUUGUUAACAUUUGAAUUCUUCCUUCCACAAAAAGCUUAACAUAGUUGUUCUAUCACUCUCUGUCUCCUUCUACAUGUGUUCUUCCACUACUUCUUUGAUUUAGCUAUGAACACUAGCCUUCGAUCACGUGCAGGAUGUUGAAAUGGCAUGGAUGAUUCAUCCAUACCAGUGUUGACUAUUCAUGAUGAGAAGUAAUAAGGUGUAGGAUUUUCUAUAGCUAGCACUCAUCAUUUUCAUUUUCUUAUUAUUAAGAUCAUUAUUAUUGCUGAGAUUAUUAUAUCUAUAAAUAUGUAGCGUUUUUGGUUGUAAUCUGAUAGAAUAAUAAGAAGUAAUUAAGGCAGAGCCAUGAAUAAGGGGAGAUUUGGAGAGUGCAAUGGUAAUUGUGGUGAUGGAGUUAUGAAGCAGGCUCAGUUUGGAUAUGUUGAAACUGAUCCUUCUGGAAGAUAUGGUCGUUUGAAGGAUGUGCUAGGCAAAGGAGCAAUGAAAACAGUGUACAGAGCAUUUGAUGAGUACCUUGGAAUAGAAGUGGCAUGGAACCAAGUGCACCUUGGUGAUGCAUUUCAUUCAGCAGAACAACUUCAACGUCUUUACUCAGAGGUUCAUCUCCUCAAGCACCUCACCCACAAAUCAAUGAUGAUCUUCUAUGGUUCUUGGAUUGAUCUCAAUCGCAAAACCUUCAACUUCAUCACCGAAUUGUUCACUUCCGGUACCCUUAGAGAGUAUAGGCAGAAGUAUAGAAGAGUAGAAAUGAGAGUGCUCAAGAAUUGGGCACGCCAGAUUCUGAGUGGAUUGGAGUAUUUGCACAGCAACAACCCACCUGUCAUCCAUAGAGACCUCAAAUGUGACAAUAUCUUUGUCAAUGGCCAUUUGGGCCAAGUCAAAAUUGGUGACUUAGGCCUUGCAGCUAUACUUCUUAGCUCCAAACAUGCUCACAGUGUUAUAGGCACACCAGAGUUCAUGGCACCAGAGUUGUAUGAAGAAGAGUACAAUGAGCUUGUAGACAUAUACUCAUUUGGGAUGUGCAUGAUUGAGAUGCUUACUUUUGAGUUCCCAUAUAGUGAAUGCUUCAACCCUGCUCAAAUAUACAAGAAAGUUAUUUCGGGUAAGCUACCAAAUGCAUAUUACAAGAUCAAAGAUUUUGAAGCCCAAAGAUUUGUGGGGAAAUGUUUGGCACAUGUGUCAAAGAGGCCAUCGGCAAAGGAGCUAUUGUUGGACCCAUUUUUGGCCAUUGAUGAUCCAAUUGCUUCACCGUUAAUGCCAAUCAUAAAACUACCCACAAAUCAAGCUUUGAAGCUUAAUGCAACUGUAGAAGUUGCAAAGAGCACAGACAUGACCAUCACUGGGUCAAUGAAUGAGGUGGACAUCAAUACUGUUUUUCUUAAAGUGAAGAUUUCUGACGCUAAUGGGCAUACAAGAAACGUGUUCUUUCCCUUUGACACAAUAAAGGACACAGCUAUGGAGGUAGCCAUGGAAAUGGUAAAGGAACUUGAAAUCAGCCACUUGGAACCAUUGGAGAUUGCUGCAAUGAUAGAUCAUGAGGUAUCAGCUUUAGUUCCAACUUGGAGGGACCCUUCUUGUUUUCAUCAACAACACCAAAGACAGGAUAGCUUUAACUAUGAAGAAGAAGAUGAAGACAUAAAUAAUCAUCAUCCUUUCUUCUUACCAUCAUCAUCGUCGUCGUCAUCAUCAACAACUCCAUCUUCUGGCUCACUCAACAUGUCUUGUUCCUCAUACAAGACCCGUUUUAAUAAUAAUGGGAAUACUUGUCCCUCUCAAUGGCCUCAAGAGGAUCCAUUAUCAAUGAAUGAUGAUGCAAGCUCUCUAAGCUCAAUGAACUCCAUCAAAUGUUCCAAUGUUCAGUACUGUGACAACUCAUCAUCAAGAAAUGAAGAAAAUGAGAACAAUAAUAAUGUACCAACAACAACAAAAGUGUUGAAGGGCCAUUUUGAUGAAGGGCUAUUUGAAGAAGCUAAUUACACCAAUAAACAACUUUGGAACCCAAGAAUAAGGAACACUUGCAAUAAUAAAAAUCAUUGCAUGUGUAAUAAUAAUGGUCAUGGACAUGGAUGGCCUAGACUAACGAGGAUUCAAUCUUGCGUGGAAGACAGGAGAACCCAACAUCUUCAACGUUUGAUUAUGUUGGAGGAGAUGUGCAAUUUCAAGAAUAACACUGUUGGAACCAUGGAGAACAUUGGGUUUUUGAACCUGGAAAGAGGUCGCAGAUGCUUUGGUACUCGUUGAUGAUGAAUAUAUACAUGACCAGCGAUUUUAAUCUUUCUAUAAAGCAAGAAGAGUGAAAAUGAGAAUGCUAGCUGAAAAAGCAUUGGUUCUCUCUCUCUCUUUUUUUUUUUUUUAUGUAAUUUCUUCUGUGAUAAUGGCAACUAAAUUGUAAAAUUAUGGUUGCAAUCCUUUCUUGUGUCUAAUUUCAGAAUGCUUGUAUGUGUGCCAACCAUAGUAAAUAAAUGG